AUGGAUGACUGGGAGGACGAGCAGAUAGCACCACUUCCAGCAAAAGUUGAGCUUAAAAGCAAUUGGGAUGAUGAAGAUGUUGAUGAGAAUGAAAUCAAGGACUCUUGGGAGGAUGAUGAUGAAGAAGAAGCUCUGCCGGCGCCUGUAAAGCCUGUUGCAGAGAAGGCUCCCAAGAAAGCAGUAGAAAAGAAGGGUAAAGCCACCGUCGAAGCUCCGAAAGAAACACCAAAGGAAGAACCUUUAGAUCCCAUCUCUGAGAAACUUCGCAUGCAGAGGCUUGUUGAGGAAGCGGACUACCGAGCAACAGCUGAGCUCUUUGGAACAAAGGUGGAAGAGAAGAACGUCGAUUUGUUCAUCCCCAAGACUGAAAGCGACUUUUUGGAAUACGCGGAGCUGAUUUCUCAUAAGCUUAAACCUUAUGAGAAAAGCUAUCACUAUAUUGCGCUGCUCAAAGCAGUCAUGAGACUCUCUGUGACCAACAUGAAGGCAGCAGAUGUGAAGGAUGUUGCUUCCUCCAUUACAGCGAUUGCUAAUGAGAAACUUAAGGCUGAGAAAGAAGCUGCUGCUGGGAAAAAGAAAACAGGUGGGAGGAAGAAACAACUUCAAGUAGAUAAGGCUGAUGACGAUCUAGUGGCUGGUCCUUAUGAUGCCAUGGACGAUUUCGACUUCAUGUAG